AUGGCACCUCCAAAAGGCCCAGGCGGGGGAUAUUCUGAGGCAACGGUGAAGAAAGCAGACACUGACAUUACUUUGGCAAGGAUCAAAAGUGCUCGUGUUCCUGACAAGUAUCGCCGCCAGGACGCCUUUUCCAACGCCCAACUCAAUCGUGUCCGUAACGCAAUAGCACGCAAAGGAUACGAAUUCGUCGAGUCGGGGAGAGCACCUGUCCGCUGUAGAGACUGUGUUGGCGGUCCCACCGUGGAAUUGACGUGCAUCAUCUGUGACAAGACCAAAGCAAUCGACGAAUUCGCCAAAAACCAACGUCAUGACCCUGAUAAGGCGAUAUUUGUCGCUGAUGGCCAAAUCAUGCAGAGGUGCUCAAACUGCGUUCAAGAUCAUCUCGAGGUAGAACCGUGGGACGAAAACUGUGGCAUUGCAGAUACGGAUUCAACUGCGCACUACGAGUCCAACGCCGUUAAGAGCCAGUAUGACGACGACGAAAGCGUUCCCAGGUCCGUCGGUGAGCCUGGUUUUGAUGAGGACUUCGACACGACUUCCCGAGGUACUGCACGCACUGUCUCUGCUCUCGGCAAUGACGACGAAGAUGACGAUGACGAUUCUGUUGGGGGCGGUGUGUGGGUGGAAUCUAGUCGUGGGGAUGAAAAAUCUGAGGCAGGAAAGACAAAAUCCCACGUCUUUACUGCCUUCGACCCCCAGGGCAUCGGUCACCAACGCAUGACUUCCGAAGGAGGGGAUUCCGAGUCGGUCCGCACUGGAUGGGAAUCUUGGGGAAUCAAUGCCAAUGAGGAACCAGUUCCCAGAAGAGUGCGCAAGAAGAGAUCUGGUAGAUGGGCAAAAGUAGAGGGCCCUCGAUUUCCAAAAGGUACAGCUCCGACAAUGCGCAUUCCCGAAUCUUCCGGUCGAUGCCUCGCGGCGUCGGACGAGGAAGAGGACGAUGGAGUGCCCCAUGACAUUUCGGACUACCUAAAAAAGAAAAAAAUUGGUUAUUCAACAGAUGAACAAAAAUUUGAACUGACAGGUUGCAAAUCUACAGAUCAGAAUGCAAAGUUAUGUAUCAAGUGCAUGACUAUGAAUCACGUUAAGUACGCAGUCUUAUCUCUUAUUCCCUCGCCUGAGAAAACAGGCAGUCAUUGCUUUCAACUCACGGAUCGUCUACUCAAGAAUAAUUGUCAACAACAGCUCUUGCCCUGUCCUCAAUUACGCUGUUGUGGCAACACAAACGAUGAUAUCAUUGUGUGGAAGGCUUGCUGUCAAGCUAGUUUGAACUGUGGGACAACUGCGGGUAUUGGAGUAUUUGAGCCAUGGGACUCUGUUUUACCCUAUCAACACUGGAAGGGGUAA